CAACAAAAACGAAAACAUCAAAAUCCAAAGCGGCAACACACAGAGAGGGGGAGAGAGAAAAAAAAAAAAACAGAAGAAGCCACUCUCUCAUUUUCCUUUUAUUCUAUUUCUUCCUUUUCAAAAACCCUCCUCAAUUAGAUAGAUCUUUGUAUAAAUUUCCAUCCGCAGAAAACAUUUCACCCCAAAACCCUACCCAUUUUUUUCUACUCAUUGUAGCAACCCUGUAUCAUACCCUCAGAAAUUCUCUCUCUUUUCUUAGGGUUUUUACAUUUUAGCAUUUUUCACUCAUAAUUUUCAUAGGAAUUUUUGUACAUUGUAUCGCUUCUAUUAGAUUAGAAUUUAGAGCAGAUUGUUAGGUUUACCCUUUUUGUUUUACUUUUUCAAUUUUCGGAAUUGGGAUGAACAACAACAACAAUUACUACAACAGAGCGAGGUACCCACCACCUGGGAUCGGUGGCGGUGGUCUUGGACGAGGAGGAGGAGGAGGAGGCCCUGGUUUCAAUCAAAACUCACCGUUUCAGCCAAGGCCUAAUUACCAGCAACACCAGCAACAGCAUCAACAACUACAACAGCAGCAUCAGCAAUAUGUUCAGAGGCAGAUGGUGCAGCAACAACAACAACAGCAGCAGCAGCAGCAACAACAACAGCAAUGGCUGAGAAGGGCGCAGAUGGGUGCUGCUGACUCCAACGUCGUGGAUGAGGUUGAGAAGACCGUGCAGUCUGAAGCCAUUGACCCGAGUUCUCAAGAUUGGAAGGCAAGGCUAAAGGUUCCACCACCUGAUACGCGUUAUAAGACAGAGGAUGUGACAGCAACUAAAGGAAAUGAAUUUGAGGAUUAUUUUUUGAAGCGAGAGCUGCUCAUGGGAAUAUAUGAGAAGGGUUUUGAAAGGCCUUCUCCUAUCCAAGAAGAAAGCAUUCCAAUUGCUCUUACUGGUAGUGACAUUCUUGCAAGGGCUAAAAAUGGGACAGGCAAAACAGCUGCAUUUUGCAUUCCUGCAUUGGAAAAAAUUGACCAGGAUAACAAUGUUAUUCAAGUUGUUAUAUUGGUUCCAACAAGGGAGUUAGCUUUGCAAACAUCUCAAGUAUGCAAAGAACUUGGAAAGCACUUGAAAAUUCAAGUGAUGGUUACAACUGGUGGUACUAGCCUGAAAGAUGAUAUCAUGCGCUUAUAUCAACCAGUUCAUUUACUAGUUGGGACUCCUGGAAGGAUAUUGGAUCUUGCUAAGAAGGGUGUUUGCGUUCUGAAAGAUUGCGCAAUGCUUGUUAUGGAUGAGGCUGAUAAGCUUUUGUCCCCAGAAUUCCAGCCUUCUAUACAGCAGCUGAUUCAUUUUCUUCCUUCACACCGACAAAUUCUGAUGUUUUCAGCAACAUUUCCUGUUACUGUAAAGGAUUUCAAAGAUAGGUAUCUUCAAAAGCCAUAUGUCAUUAACCUUAUGGAUGAGCUAACUUUGAAGGGUAUCACACAGUAUUAUGCAUUUGUCGAAGAGAGACAGAAGGUUCACUGCCUGAAUACACUAUUUUCUAAGUUGCAAAUAAACCAGUCAAUCAUCUUUUGCAAUUCGGUGAAUCGUGUUGAACUCCUUGCAAAAAAAAUCACCGAGCUUGGAUAUUCGUGUUUCUAUAUUCACGCAAAGAUGUUGCAAGAUCAUCGUAAUAGAGUGUUUCAUGACUUCCGCAAUGGCGCCUGCCGUAAUCUUGUUUGUACUGAUCUUUUUACUAGGGGAAUAGACAUUCAAGCAGUCAAUGUUGUUAUUAAUUUUGAUUUUCCCAAGAAUUCAGAAACUUAUCUCCACAGGGUCGGUCGCUCAGGGAGGUUUGGGCAUCUUGGUUUAGCAGUUAACUUGAUCACUUAUGAGGAUCGCUUUAAUUUAUAUAGGAUUGAACAAGAACUUGGAACUGAAAUAAAGCAAAUUCCACCACACAUUGACCAGGCAAUUUAUUGCCGAUGACUGGUGACGACAACUCGGCUCGUUUUUACAACUGGAGAAUAGCAAAGGUUGAAGUGACUGUCACCCAAGUAGGUACAUAUUCUCUGGUAUGACAGGAUGCUGUAUGAAAAUUGGGGUUUUUUGGACCCUUAGUUUGAAUGCUUUUUCAUUAUUAGGACCUUCAGAAAGUUUAAUAUUAGCCUUUUUAACUGGCAGAUAUUUUGCUGGGUCCAGUUUGGGUUUCCCUUAAUUUCAUUUUCAGAUGUGUUUGUUGCUAACAUUAGUACUGUAGUUUCUUUUUGUGUUUUUUAUUUUCGGUGGAUGCUGGUUUAGGGGGUGUACCUUAUACCUUGUUAUGAAUAAAGGGAUCCCUAUGGUAUUCUACUUUGUGGUUGCCAUUACGGAUUCUUUUGGAGUUUGUUAUUCA